AUGUCCCUCCAUCAGUCGGUGCGGACAUUUCGCCUCUUUGAGAUCUUACGAAGCGGGGAUAUAACUGCGAUCUCAAAGGCCAUCAAGGAGACCAGGGAAUCGCAGGGCCCUGACACCCUCUCCGGAACGACGGUACUUCAUCUUGCGAUCCAAUGUGCUGAACCGCAAGUUGUCGAGUAUAUAUUGUCCGCGAGUGAUGAAUUGGACGUAAACGUGCGUGAUCACGAUGGCAACACACCUCUUCAUUUGGCCGCCCAACUUGGACGUGGCCCCGUGGUUCGCGAAUUGCUGAAUCGACCUUCGCUCAACGACGCAAUCGUUAACUACUGUGGCCAGACGCCUCUCGAUAUCGCACGCACCCCGGAGAUUUUCCAGCAACUUCAGCUUGCCCGCUCGCUUUUCAUCGAUGCCAAGACUAGAGAGAUUCAGGUUCUCGUCUCCCACAAUGAUUAUGACGGGCUAGAGAAGGUGCUUGAGGAGCCUCGUGUCGAGGGAAUAUUGGACGUCAACAGUCUAGACCUAGUCACAGAUUCUGUUACCGCUCAGUCUGGGGGUACUCUACUUCACGAAGGAGCGCGGAAAAAAGAUACUAAAUUGAUUCAAAUCCUGUUAAUGCAUGGGGCCGACCCUUUCCGUCGUGACAAGAAGGGCAAGUUGCCGCAGGAUGUUACUAAGGAUGACCGGACCCGUGCGAUUGUCAAGAAAUCACCCGCAGCAGUCGUCGCGCAACGUGGUAUACAGGAAAGGGCAAUUCUUGGGGCCAGCGCGACUCAGGGUACUCCCGGUCGCUCUGGCGCAAUUGAAGCGCCGUUCGCCGGCAAGGAUGCGCGUGAAAUGAAAGGUUAUCUGAAAAAAUGGACCAAUUAUACAAGUGGCUAUAAACUGCGAUGGUUUGUUUUGGAGGACGGCGUCUUAAGCUAUUAUAAGCACCAAGAUGAUGCGGGCUCCGCCUGCCGAGGCGCGAUCAACAUGAAGAUUGCUAGGCUCAACAUGGAUUCUCAAGACAAGACCCGGUUCGAAAUCCACGGGAAGUCUUCUGUCAAAUAUCACCUGAAAGCAAACCAUAUUGUCGAGGCGAAGCGCUGGUUUUGGACUCUAAACAAUGCCAUUCAAUGGGCUAAAGACGAGGCGAAGGAGGAAGAGAGGCGCCAAACAAGACAUGCAGAAGUAUUCCGGCUGGCUAAAAUGGGGCAGGCCGAGGGUCGACAGUCUGAGACCAUUUCAGAGUCAGGUAAAGGCCUUGCACCUUCAUCUAUCAACGUGCCGAGUAGCAGUGGCACCCGACUCAGCACGUAUGCGUCUCAUACAACAUUAGCGAGCGCUCCUGAAGAUGAGGAUGGCUCGAUGUACGGGUCAUUAGAAAACACCGCUCCAUCACACGAAGUGAAUCGGGUAGGCAGCAAUGUAGCCUCAGCUCCUGAUUUCGACGACGGCGAAGACGAUGAUUACGCAUCCAGCCAUGAUGUGCCACCCGCAGACAAAGAUGCCAUGGAUAUCACCGCCCAGUCGACGAAACUUCAGCUUGAUAUAUUGGCAGACGUUACUUCUUCUUUACAGGCAGAAAAAUCAAAGAACCCAACUAUGUCUCUUUCAGAUCCGGCCGUUGAUCAAGCUUUAUGCGCCUAUGAGGCAGCGGUGAGCAGUUUACAAGGGCUGAUACAGAGUCUCUCGAAAAUAUCCAGGGAUCGUGAUGCGUACUGGCAGUAUCGACUGAAUCGGGAGGCACAUCUGCGCAAAAUGUGGGAAGAAAGCAUGGCAAGGAUUGCACAGGAACAUGAGGAGCUCCAGUCCCGGAUGGGUGAGUCCGAGGAGAAGCGUAGGCGUACUAAACGGGCGCUCAAGGAAGCCUUGGAGUCAACAGUCACGAGCCGUGCGGUUAGUAAAGCUCCCUCUCGCAUCCAAGCCACCAGUGAAGACAUGGACGAUGUGGAAAGUGAGACUCAAGAGCCAGCGCCUUUAUCACAGUAUGUGGUGCAAGGACAUGAAAGCUCGCUUGGCCACAAAAAGUCGGCCAUCUCUCUCAUGGACAAAUUUUAUGACUCGGAGUCGGGCAAUGAGGAUGAGUUUUUUGAUGCCAUCGAUUCUGGGGAGAUUCAAGCAGAGGACCUUGCCGCAGAAGUGAAUGAGGAGAACUCCCAACAAGAGAGCAGUAAGCUUCGAAUGUUGAAGCGAGUGGAAAUCGCCCCAUCGUUCACGGGAUACGAAGAGCCCGUAAGACAGAGACUCAAAAUGGACUACGAUAACCGACCAAGGAUUUCGCUCUGGGGUAUAUUGAAGUCUAUGAUAGGCAAAGAUAUGACGAAGAUGACUCUCCCCGUUUCGUUCAAUGAGCCCACUUCGCUACUUCAACGUGUGGCGGAAGACCUGGAAUACGCAGACCUUUUGGAUAUUGCAGCCGACCGACCCGAUUCGAUGGAACGUCUGGUGUACGUCGCCGCGUACGCUGCGAGCGAAUACGCCUCGACUAUUGGCCGUGUAGCCAAACCAUUCAAUCCUCUUCUGGGUGAGACAUUUGAGUAUGUGCGGCCCGACAAAGGUUACCGGUUCUUUAUCGAACAGGUCAGCCAUCAUCCACCGAUCGGUGCUGCAUGGGCCGAGUCAGCGAAGUGGGACUACUAUGGCGAGUCUGCUCUCAAGUCAAAGUUUUAUGGAAAAUCCUUUGACAUCAAUCUCCUGGGUACUUGGUUCUUGAAGUUACGACCAGCAUCUGGAGGAGAGGAGCUAUAUACUUGGAAGAAAGUAACGUCAUCUGUCAUCGGCAUCAUUACCGGGAACCCCACGGUUGAUAAUUACGGUUUAAUGGAAAUAAAAAACUGGACCACAGGCGAAGUUUGCUAUUUGGAUUUCAAACCAAGGGGAUGGAAGGCUGCAUCCGCAUACCAAGUGGCCGGUAAGGUGGUGGAUCGGGAUGGAUCGCCGAAAUGGAGUAUUGGCGGUAGGUGGAAUGACAAGAUCUAUGCGCGCCAUACCCCGGGGUUUGAGGCACCAGUGUCUGGGAAAGACCCAGAAUCAGCCAAGACGUUUCUGGUCUGGCAAAGCCAUGCUCGUCCGAGCGGAAUCCCAUUUAAUCUGACACCUUUCGUCAUUACACUAAAUGCUCUCCCCGAGGGUUUGAAGGGCUACCUACCGCCUACUGACACACGGCUUCGGCCUGAUCAGCGGGCGAUGGAAGGAGGCGAAUAUGACCUCGCCGCCAGUGAAAAGCAUCGGGUGGAAGAGAAGCAGCGAGCCAAGAGGAGGGAGAGAGAGACUCGGGGCGAGGAGUAUCAACCUCAGUGGUUUAGCAAAGCCAAAUGUCCUGUCACUGGCGAGGAUUACUGGGCGCACAAUGGGCGAUACUGGGAGAGCCGGGCAGCCCGCGACUGGAGCGCCUCUACUGCCUAUGUCACUCCCCCAAGAUACGGCUUUCCCGCUUCGUAUGUGCGGACCUUGAGCUCGCGGGGCAGUGGUCCUUUGGGACCUAAAGCUUCGCAAGGGCCAGUCAAGCGGGGUACUCUUUCAUCCUCCGUAUCAGUCGGGUCAGUGACGCAGAAGGCCAACUCUGCCACUUCAAGCGCUGCGCCGGACGCGCGGGCCCUGUUGAAACCGAACAACCUUUUCCAUCCCUUUUCUCGGUCACCGGCGGCUGAAAUACGACAGCGUGCGGCUUUUAUCAAACAGAAUGCCUUCUGCCCCCAUCCGAGCCAUCAACAGACCCGACUGCCUCACUCCCCUCAUGACCCGGAGUCUCGAAAGAGUCAAGCGAGCUCAGAGUGUCUGCCGCCGGCUCACUCUCAUUUCGAAUGUCCCGACUGUGGUGUCCCGAUCUACUGUUCGGAGGGUCACUGGAUGGAUGACUUCGAGGCUCAUUUAGAAAUUUGUGAGACCAUUAGACAGAUCAAUGAGGACGACCAUGAUUUACGUUCCGGUCGUUUUUUCCCGGAGUUCUCGUACCCGGGACUUCAGGACGACAAUUUUGUCAUCAAUAUGACGAAUUGGGACACCUUUCUCUAUACGCGAGAGUUUGAGGCAAUUAACGAUGACCGGAGCAUGCGGCAGGUGACUAGGAUGCUCACCUAUCCACUCACGAUCGGAAGCGUCUUGCAUGAGCUGAGCCCUUUUAAUGUGCGAAAAGGAGGCAGACUGACUGUCGAGGGUCUCAAGAGUGUGAGCGCGCUCCGGUACACUUUACACCCCCCCAAAACCGGAGAGGGCGUUGAUAUCCAAGGGCUACGCCUGAAGGCCCCGCCAGUCCGUAUUUUUAUUCUGGGUGCCAGGGCCGAGUCCUCGUUGCCUCGUGAAGUCUGGCUUCAGCUCAGCUAUAUUUUCCCACGCUCCCUGAUCCAUCUAAUCUUCAUUGGACCAGAAAGCAUGGCCAAUCGAGAUACAGAGUUUCCCCUUCCCGAGCGCACACCCGAAAACCCGUUCGGCGGUAUUGUGGAAGAUAGACUUGGAGGACAGUUUAAGAUUACGACAUAUGUUGAGUACUUUCACACGAUGUACGAAGCGCAAUAUUUCCAGCCGUUCGAUCCGUACCUGGACUGUGUCAUGCUCUUCCAUCCGGGUCUUGGACAUCCAGCCAGCUCCCAUGAAUGGGAGGAAACGCUUCCGCAACUCCUAGAGACUAAGGUCCCCAUUAUCAGUACGGGGUACACGCAGUGGGACAUGGAGCGCGACAUUAACUGGGUCCGGGAUAAAUGCGCCGGUGAGUUCGAUAUUCUGCUGGAGCCUGGCGAGAACAUCUUCCGCAGUCUACGCUGGGAUCUUAAUGAUCUGGACCCGCAUGAUGUCUCCUGCGGUAAUUGGGGACUUUGGGCGUUCAGAGGAAAGAGAUACGAGGCCACUUUCAAGGAUUCGUAG